GCGCAUAUCAAGCUCGAAGCGUACGGAUUUGCGAUUGCAGAUGCCACCAAGGCCCUGGAGCUUGACUCCAACUUCAUCAAGGCAUACUGGAGACGAGCCCUUGCGAACAGCGCCAUUUUGCAUUACAAGGAAGCCCUCAAGGACUUCCGGGCAGUGAUUAAGCGGGAUCCGGGAAACCGCGAUGCGAAGCUGAAGCUCGCGGAAUGUGAGAAACUGGUCCGCCGGUUGGAGUUCGAGAAGGCCAUCGAGGUUAGCGAUCCGCCCUCGGCUUUCGAGAGCCUGGAUAUCGACUCGAUUGCCGUGGAUGCGAGCUACGAUGGCGUGCGGUUGGAGAAGAACGAGAUGACCCAGGAGUUCAUCGACGAUAUGAUCGAGCGGUUCAAGAACGGCAAGAAGAUUCACCGCAAGUACGUCUUCCAAAUAAUCAAGGCCGUGAAGGACAUUGUCUACGCUGAGCCGACGAUGGUGGAGGUCGGUGUCGAGGAGGGUACCCGCUUGACGGUCUGUGGUGAUACGCACGGACAAUACUUUGACCUGCUCGAGAUCUUCCGCUUGAACGGCUACCCGAGCGAGACGAAUGCUUAUCUCUUUAACGGUGACUUUGUGGAUCGUGGAUCGUGGUCGACCGAGAUUGCUCUGCUUCUCUACGCGUACAAGUGGCUGAGACCCAACCGCAUCUUCUUGAACCGUGGCAACCACGAGACGGACGACAUGAACAAGGUGUACGGUUUCGAGGGUGAGUGCAAGGCUAAAUACAACGAGACCACCUUCAAGGUCUUCUCGGAGUCCUUCUCCGCCCUGCCUUUGGCCACGUUGAUCGGUAACAAGUACCUUGUUCUCCAUGGUGGUCUCUUCUCCGACGACAACACUACCCUCGACGAUAUCCGCAAGUUGAACCGCCACAACCAGCGCCAGCCGGGCCAGCAGGGAUUGAUGAUGGAGAUGCUCUGGACCGACCCGCAGACCCAACCUGGUCGUGGACCCAGCAAGCGCGGUGUUGGUCUUCAAUUCGGACCCGACGUCACCAAGCGCUUCUGUGAGAAGAACGGGCUGGAGGCGAUUAUCCGUUCGCACGAGGUUCGCAUGGAGGGUUACGAGGUUGAGCAUGAUGGACGCUGCAUCACGGUUUUCUCGGCGCCCAAGUACUGCGAUUCGACCGAGAACAAGGGUGCUUUCAUCAAGAUUGGGCCUGAGCUCAAACUUGAGUACCAGGUCUUCGAGGCUGUUCCCCACCCUGACAUCAAGCCGAUGGCCUACGCACAAAGCUCCCUCAUGUCUAUGAUGUGA